AUGCCCGGCUCCACCUCCUCCGCCGCCACCUCCGCCACCGCCGCCACUGCCUCCUCCUCCGCUCCCACCGCCACCGCCGCCGCCGCCUCCGCCGCCACCGCCGCCACCGAAGCCCCCACCCCCGCCACCACUCCCACCACCACCCCCACUCCCUCCGCCUCCUCCACCUCCACCGCCCCCGCCAGCCCCUCCAGCGCCCUUGCCCCCCUUGCCCUUGCCGGUGCGGCGUCGCCCGCUAGGGGCAGACGCAGCGCCGACCGACUCGGUGCCAACGAAGUCGACGGCAGCAGCAGAGGCAACAGAGGGCAAAAGAGGGGAGGGGGAGCACCCCUCAAAGACAGGGGCACGCGGGUCACCUCGAGAGGCUCCUACAGCGACUAUACUCUUCUCAGCUGCCAGGAGGCGCUCCUCGAGGAGGUCAACGGUGAGUGUGGUGGGGCAAACUGA